AUGUCCGAAUACAACGAUAGCAACCGCGCCUUUCUUCAGGCGUUCAUGGCACGCUCGGCCAUGACAUUUGCAGAGGCGCAGCCCAUCUUGGCUGCGAUAUUCACGGCAUCUAGCGGCCGGACAGUGGAUCCCGGUGAGGUUACCGAAGAAGAAUUCGCCAGGUUCGUCGCGGCGGCCAACACUGCCGUUUCACCUUUCGAUCUAGAGAUCAGAAGUUCAUUACCUCAAGCUACUCAACCUGCCGGACAAGAUGCCUCGACAACACCACCGGCGCGAAUUUAUGCGCUCGUCAACACGACAAGUGAUCCCCUGACGCAGCUUGCGACGACCUAUUCUCCAGACGAAAUCUCCUUCCUCAAGCGUCUACUGGACUACAUGUUUAUUCAAAAUAACACACGGCGAUGUGAGGGAAUGGCGCUCUCACAGAUGCAAGCGGUACAACUACACAAGGCCCCGUCGGGUGCACGGCAAUCAAUUGGCGACGGGUCAACACAAACACAGACACAGACUGCAUCGGUACAGUCAUUGCGCAUGACCCAAGCAGAAACAAUGAUCAUUCACUUAAUGGAAGAGGGCUGGCUGCAGAAGAGCCCAAAAGGAUACCUUAGCCUCAUGCCGCGCGCGCUGAUGGAGUUGCGGGGCUGGCUGGUCUCGACCUAUAACGAGGACAAUGAUGGUACCGCCAGGAACCGGAUCAAAUUUUGUUCUGCUUGCAAAGAUAUCAUCACUGUUGGCCAACGCUGCAGCGACCUUGAAUGCUACGGUCGACUUCACAACCAUUGCAUGCGAAACUUCUUCCGUAUGCAGCAGGCAGAGGAGUGCCCUGUGUGCGGGAAGGAAUGGCCUGGCGAUAUGUUCGUGGGCGAGAAAGCGCUCGCUGCAAAUGCGAGGCCGAGAAAUGCUCCACGCCAGAGCCAGGCUGCUCAUGCUACGCCUAGUGACGCUGGUGAAGAACCCGAGGAUGAAAACGAUGAUGAGGAAUGA